CCUGACAUGUCAACACACUCCACUGUGAUCCACCACUACUCACCUUUUGAAAAUCCAUGACCAUUAAACAGCCAAACCGGGGAUAAGGGAGCUCAAGAUCAGCAACAGUAAGAAGCAACCAUGGCUGAUGCAGAGCCAUGGAAGACAGUCAAGAUACCCCCGAUUGUGCAGGAGCUGGCGACCGGUGUGCAGGAGCCACCGAGCCGGUAUGUGAUCGCUGAGCACAACCGCCCCGCCGUGGCUGGUUCUGAGAUGCCCGAUCCCAUACCCAUCGUCGAUCUCAGCCGGCUGUCUGACAACUGUGCUGAUGAGGUUGCCAAGCUGCGGUCCGCCUUGGAGAACUGGGGCCUGUUCCUGGCUGUUGGGCAUGGAAUGGAGCCAAGUUUUCUUGGUGAGGUGAUGGGAGUGGCUAGGGAUUUUUUCAAGCUCCCACUGGAAGAGAAGCAGAAGUACUCGAACCUGGUGAACGGCAAUGAAGUCAGGAUCGAGGGUUACGGGAACGACAUGGUCGUAUCUGAGAAGCAGAUCCUGGACUGGUGUGACCGUCUCUACAUCAUAGUGGAACCUGAGAAUCGAAGAAUCUACAGCUUGUGGCCAACACAGCCUCCAUCCUUCAGAGAUAUUCUGAGUGAGUACACGGUCAGGUGCCGUAAGAUCGCCAACCUUUUCCUCCAGAACCUGGCCAAGCUACUAGAUUUACACGAGGACUACUUCGUCAACAUGUUCGACGAGAAUGCCUUGACAUACGCCAGGUUAAACUACUAUCCUAACUGUCCAAAGCCGGACCACGUCUUCGGCAUGAAGCCCCACACCGAUGCCUCGGUGAUCACAAUCGUCUUCAUCGAUGAUAAUGUCAGCGGGCUCCAGCUUCAGAAAGAUGGCGUCUGGUACAACAUACCCAUUCUUCCGAAUGCAUUACUCGUGAACGUGGGAGAUGUAAUGGAGAUAAUGAGCAAUGGAUUCUUCAAGAGCCCGAUUCACAGGGUUGUGACCAAUGCAGAGAAAGAGAGGCUAUCUUUGGUGAUGUUCUACACGAUGAACCCGGAGAAGGAGAUUGAGCCACUGUCAGAGCUGGUGGAUGAGAAAAGACCGAGGCGGUACAGGAAGACAACGACUAAUGACUACAUAGCACAACUCUUCGAAACUUUUGCUAGGGGGACACUAGCUAUCGACACGGUGAAGAUCUGAACCUGGUUGGGAAGUGUAGAAGAUUAAUCGCACUGUGGUGAUAUUUCUUCCAGCGAUAUGUACUAUUCUCCUGGAGUUGGUUUAUGCUUUGACCUUCUGAAAAUAAUGUGCUAUGAUGUAUCACCUAUAUACCAUCUACAGACUACUUCAUAUCUGUUUGUUUA